CGCUUCAUCAUCUCUCUUACAUAAUAACCGAAUAGUUCAAGAAAGUUUACAAAACAGGAGAGACAUAGUCGAUGGCUAAACAGAUGCAGAAGACCAGCAUGUUCAUCGAGCGAACUCCCGGCGAGUACGAGAAUGGCGAUAUCCAAAAGAACUUGGAUGACGACGGUCGAUCCAAGAGAACGGGGACUUGGGUUACCGCGAGUGCUCAUAUUAUCACUGCAGUGAUUGGGUCUGGUGUUUUAUCUCUUGCAUGGGCUAUUGCACAACUGGGAUGGGUGGCAGGACCGGCGGUUCUCAUGGCUUUCUCCUUCAUAACUUACUUUACUUCCACUCUUCUUGCUGAUUGUUAUAGAGCUCCUGAUCCUGUCCAUGGGAAGAGAAAUUAUACCUACAUGGAUGUUGUUAGAGCUUACUUAGGAGGAAGAAAAGUUCAGCUCUGCGGAUUGGCUCAGUAUGCAAAUCUUGUUGGGAUAACCGUUGGAUACACUAUCACAGCAUCAAUCAGCAUGGUGGCGGUGAAAAGGUCAAAUUGCUUCCACAAGCAUGGUCAUCAAGUGAAGUGCCAAACAUCAAACUACCCAUUCAUGGCCAUCUUCGCAGCCAUCCAACUCGUUCUGAGCCAAAUCCCCAACUUCGACAAGCUUUCUUGGCUCUCCAUUGUCGCCGCCGUCAUGUCUUUCGCUUAUUCUUCCAUCGGCCUCGGCCUCUCCAUUGCCAAAGUUGCAGGUGGGGGACAUGUGAGGACAACCUUAACGGGUGUAACAGUGGGGGUUGACGUGUCGGGAUCCGAAAAGGUUUGGAGGACCUUCCAAGCUAUCGGCGACAUCGCCUUUGCCUAUGCUUACUCCACUGUCCUCAUCGAGAUUCAGGACACAAUCAAAUCGAGCCCACCGGAGAACAAGUCUAUGAAAAGAGCAACUAGUGUUGGUGUUUCGACGACCACUUUGUUUUAUGUACUUUGCGGUGUUUUCGGAUAUGCCGCAUUCGGAAACGAUGCGCCGGGGAAUUUUCUUACAGGCUUUGGUUUUUAUGAACCGUUUUGGUUGAUUGACUUUGCCAACGUCUGCAUUGCCAUCCAUCUCAUUGGUGCAUACCAGGUCUUUGCACAACCGUUGUUCGGGUUCGUCGAGGGUUGGUGUUCGAGGAACUGGUCCGAUAACAAGUUCAUUACAGGUGAACGCGAGGUUGACAUUCCGUUCUACGGAAUUUACUACGUUAACUUCUUCAGGUUAGUGUGGAGGACAUCAUACGUUAUCGUAACUGCCGUCGUAGCAAUGAUAUUUCCUUUCUUCAACGAUUUCUUGGGUCUCAUCGGAGCCGGCUCGUUUUGGCCGUUAACGGUCUACUUUCCGAUAGAGAUGCACAUCGCGCAAACGAAAAUUCCCAGAUACUCGUUCAGGUGGAUAUGGUUAAAAAUACUUAGCUGGGUUUGUUUGGUGGUUUCACUCGUCGCUGCAGCCGGAUCCGUUCAAGGACUGAUUCAAAGCCUGAAGACAUAUAAACCUUUUCAGACUCAAGAAUAAUACUUUUAAUUGUUAACAAAUAUGAAAAAAAUUGUGCAAUAAGUAAGAAUCUGUAAUUUGUUCACCCUUCUUCUGUAUUUUGAAAUUUGAAUGUGCAUGUAGUGUGUUACCUUUUGAAAAACAAUGUUAAGACAGUUUCUGCGAUGUUGUUCA